AUGUGGUACGCGAAAAAAUACGAUCCCCUUCAAGCGGGUAGUAUUGACGGAACAGACACGGUGCCGCACGAUCACGGAAUUUUACGAGCUCAAAAUUCUUGUUAUGCGCCACCUUCAAAUGAAGAGGGUCUUACCAGCGACCCCUUUAAAACAUUGUUCGUUGGACGAUUAAAUCCAAUAACUACUGAAAAAACUUUAAAAAAUACGUUUGAAAAGUUCGGUACAAUAAAACAUAUUAGACUCGUAAGAAAUAUAGGUGAUUCGCGUGGAUAUGCUUUCAUUGAAUUCGUACAUGAAAAAUCAUGUCAAGAAGCCUACAAAAAUUCCUAUAAAAUGACAAUAGAUGAUCGUCAAAUUCUGACUGAUUACGAACGAAGUCGCAUAAUGGAAGGGUGGACUCCAAGGCGACUGGGUGGUGGCUUUGGGGGUCGAAAAGAAUCUGGUCAACUUCGAUUCGGUGCAAGAGACCGUCCAUUUAAACGACCUCUUCAUGUUACUGGCAAUCAGUCCAUGCCUGAAAUUCUUCCAGAAUACCGGUUUGACGAUUGUUGGCGUCGUAAUUCUUCAUCAGAAAUGAGACAUCAACAUUUCGAGACUAAAAAUAAUCGUCCUGUUUUCCAAUACUCUAAAGAAUCACAACAUGGUAGAGCAAAUGGUCCAAGAUCCAACAAUAACAUUCCUAAGAGUAAUUUAAACGAAGGUCGUCUUACAAACGAUAGUCGUUACCAACCUUCAAAUAGAUCUCAUCACCGUGAUGUAUCUGGUGAUUCGUUUUCUUCUCUAAGUUAUUCAACCACCUCCUUUAAUCAUUCUGAUUACCAUCAAACAAAAUAUCAUUCUGAAAGAAGAUACGGCCAUUCAAGAUCUAGGUCUAGAUCCCCUUCGCGUCAUCAUCGUAGCAGUCGUCAGUACUUUCGACAUAAAGAUAGAUCCAGAUACCGACGAUAG